AUGGCGAGUUCAAAGAGAAAGGAAUGGCUGCAUGGACGCGACGGAGGCAGUACUGGCUCUGUGCAGAACCGAGCAGAGCUGUUCGAUGGUAUCUACGACGUAAAUGCCGGCUGGACAAACGCAAUGCCGUUGCCACCGCACAGUGGGCAGUCAUAUGAUCAGAUGAUAUCAGAUGUGUUCUUUGUGCCGCACUUCGUGGCCUCCUGCCUGGAGGAGGUGAUUGUCAAGACAUGUCCUGACUGUACAGCAAAACUCCGCGACCAUAACAAUGGGGCUCGGCUCAUUGUGGAUGAGCUGUCCAUGACCUUCCUCGAGGAGUGCGAGAUCGACUACACGGAGGAGAUGAUCCGAGCCUCCUUCUCUGUGGUGAAAAACAAGCUUGCAGAUUCGAAAUGUGGCUGCGGCAGCUCGUUCAGCCACCUGCCCUUACAUGGCCGUGUUAUCUUUGUUAUCGUCACUAUUGAGCUGCUAGCAUGUUUGCUGCUGUUACUGAUGUUGUUUGUUGGCGUGAUGGGUGCUACUGCUGUUUGCGCCAUGGUCCUCAACCGUUGUUAUUAG